GUGAUUUUAAUGAUAGAACAUUGAAUAAAAAGAAACAUGAUUUUAAGCAAGCGGAAAUAAAUACCUUCAAUGAAUAAAAAAAAAAUGUGUGUGAUAUAUUUAUAUUACAUGGAGACGGACUACGUAAUUCAUAAAUACUGCUCCAAAUGUGUAAUAAGAAUGCGUGCAGAAUUUGAAGGUCUUCGUGUUGUACGAGAACACAUGAUCCGUGAAUACAUAUCGAUUCGCAGGGAAUUUUGUGAAGAAUGUAGGGGCCCAUUGUUCCAAAUAAUGCCGCGUAAUUUGUGCCAUAUUUGCACAAAUUGAAAGACUAUUGCAAAAGACAUUUUCAAAAUUCAUCGGUACUUUUUUUUGUGACUUAUAAUAUGGAGCAAACGGAGCGUGAUUUAGUGGAGCAAUCGGCUCGAUUAAAUACAAGUGAGGAGUUUGUUGCAUGGGAGCAGCAAUGUGAUGAAUUUAUUGAAUUGCUGGAAGAGCGUAGUCGAGUUAAACGUCUGCGAUUAACGAUUGGUGAGAGACAAUCCACGAUUGCUCAUAUCGCACGACUUGAAGGACUAAAAGACUCAGUGCGCGGACGAUUCAUGCAUGUGGGCGCAGGAUACAGUGCGGGACUCCGAUGGCGUGAAAUAGAUACGGCUUUCGAAAGCCGUAUACUGACCGGUGCGGUGAUUAACACGGACCAUAUUGAGCCGCGUCAGUUUCUCGAAGAUGCGCGGGAAAUUGUGAUCGAACGAGUGCAAGAGACUAUUAAAAAACAUGGCAGUGUAAGGGUGAACACCGUGCUUAAUGGUGAAUUUGUCACGGGUGAUAAACGCGCUAAUAAAAAUGUUGCCACUAAAAACUGUGAACUUUAUCGAACUUCAAAUGUGCGCGAGUGGUAUGAUCAGCGCGUCAUCGAAAUCACAUUGGCGAUGCUUGACGAGUUUCAGGAACGUGAUAGCGGAUGGGCGCUGUCACGAAUCCUGAAUUUGACGGUGAACAUAAACAAACUUAAUCCAAUGCAUGCGGGAUGUGAUAUUGCAUUACCACGUGAAAUUAUGUUGAAGAAAGCGGUGAUCAACGUAAAAUCAAAGGACAAUGCGUGUUUUGCGUGGUCAGUGGUGGCCGCUCUUUAUCAAGCUGAGCUUCAUGUGGAUCGAACAUCUUCUUAUCCGCAUUACGCAACGGUACUUAACUUCGACGGCAUAGAGUUCCCAGUGAUGCUAAAAGACAUUAAAAAAUUUGAACGUGGGAACAGUGUGUCAAUUAACGUGUACAGUGUUGAGAAGGAAGAAAAGAGACUGACUGUUCUACCAAUACGGCUCACUGACGACAAAAAGGAGAGACACGUCAACUUGCUGUACGUGCAAGAUCCACAAGACAACAAUCUCGGCCAUUAUGCAUGGAUCAAAAAUCUAUCUCGUCUUGUGAGCUCACAAUUAAGCAAGAAAAAAAAUAAAAAAUACAUUUGCGAUCGAUGCCUACAUUACUUCAGCUCCAAUGAAAAGUUAAAGACGCACGCGGUGGACUGCGGAAGACUGAACGACUGUGCCAUCCGAUUGCCGAACGAAGAUAACAAGUGGCUUCGAUUUGAAAAUUAUCGCAACAAGGAGCGACUUCCUUUCAUCGUUUACGCUGAUCUUGAGUGUACCCUCGAAAAGAUGGAACCGGAUACUAGCAAAACAUCAUACACAUACCAAAGACAUGAGGUAUUUAGCGUAGGAUAUUACAUGCGAUGUUCGUACGAUGAUGCACUAUCCGCAUACCGGUUUCGUCGCGAUCCCAAUUGUGUCUCGUGGUUCAUCGAAGAAUUGAAAAAUUUAGCGUAUAAAGUAAAAUCAAUUAUAUCCACCAAUGUUCCCAUGAACGCGUUAUCGAAGGAACAGUGGGAGGCAUACCAUAACGCAACACAUUGUCAUAUAUGCGAGAAACCAUUUAUUCAAGACGAUAAACGGGUACGCGAUCAUUGCCAUUUAACCGGCAGAUACCGAGGUCCCGCGCAUUCAAAUUGCAACUUAAAUUAUAAACAAUCGUUUUACAUUCCGGUAAUAUUUCAUAAUUUGUCAGGCUACGAUUCACAUUUUAUAAUCAAGGAAAUAGCCACGGCGUUCGAAGGGCAAGUAGAUUUACUUCCCAUCACAAAAGAAAAAUAUAUCUCGUUUACAAAAAAUAUUAAAGAUACAGAAAAUCAGAAAAUUUGUAUAAAAUUACGAUUUAUCGAUUCGUAUAAAUUUCUUAAUACCAGUCUCGACAAACUGGCUUCGUUUUUGAAUAAGGAUAGACUCCAAAUUUUACAAUCUCAAUUUAAAGACAUAUCAGCAGAAAAUUUCAAUUUAUUGACGCGAAAGGGGGUAUUCCCUUACGAAUAUGUUGACGGUGUUGAAAAGUUGGAGGAAACAUGUCUACCAUCACGCGAAUCAUUUUACAGCUCUCUUACCGGUGACACGGUAUCUGAGAGUGAUUACGCUCACGCCGUCAAUGUAUGGCAACGGUUCUCCGUUCGAACGCUAGGUGAAUAUAGCGAUUUAUACCUCAAAAUUGAUGUUUUGUUGUUAGCAGACAUUUUUGAAAAUUUCCGCGACAAAUGUCUCGAAAGUUACAGUCUCGAUCCCGCACAUUAUUAUACUCUCCCAGGAUACACGUGGGACGCUAUGUUAAAGUAUACAAAAAUUACUUUUGAACUGCUUACUGACAUUGACAUGGUUAUGUUUAUAGAACGCGGUAUACGCGGCGGUUUAAGUCAAUGUUGUGGUAGAUAUGCACAAGCUAACAACAAAUACAUGCAGUCGUAUGAUCCAUUGAAACCAUCGUCAUACUUAAUGUACUUCGAUGUAAAUAACUUGUACGGAUGGGCAAUGUGUCAAUCUUUGCCUUAUGAAAGUUUCCAAUGGGUCAAUGACGUAACAAAUUUUGACGUAUCAUCAAUCGCGCUCGAAUCAUCAACAGGCUAUAUCCUUGAAGUCGACCUCGAGUAUCCGCAAUACCUUCACGACGCGCACACCGAUCUACCCUUCUGUCCGAUACGCGAUAAACCGCCCGGCAAGCGAGAGGAGAAACUGCUUGCGACAGUUUGCGAAAAAGAGCGGUACGUCAUUCACUACCGCAACCUACAGCAGUGCAUGCGCCACGGUCUUCGCGUAACAAAAAUCCACCGUAUAUUGAAAUUCACACAAUCUCCAUGGCUUCGCGAUUAUAUACAACUUAAUACAAAUUUCAGAACUAAUGCUAAAAACGAUUUCGAGAAAAAUUUAUAUAAACUUAUGAAUAACGCGGUAUUCGGGAAAACCAUGGAAAAUGUGCGUAAUCGCGUCAGUGUGAAAUUAUUAACUAAAUGGGACGGACGGCACGGUGCGGAGGCAAUGAUCGCGAAACCAAACUUCCACAGCAGAAGCGUUUUCUCAGAAAAUCUGGUCGCGAUAGAAUUGCAUAAACUCGAGGUGAAAUUUUAUAAACCGAUAUACGUAGGUAUGAGUAUCCUCGAUAUUUCUAAAACAUGCCUAUAUGAAUUUCACCACGAGUAUAUGCUUCCAUUAUAUCACGAUAAAUGCAAAGUAAUGUAUACCGACACCGACAGUCUUAUUUAUCAUAUCGAAUGCGAUAACAUAUAUGAAAUAAUGAAACGCGAUAUUCACAGGUUUGACACAAGCGACUACCCGAUAAAUAAUAAGUAUGGUAUGCCUUUCGCUAACAAAAAAGUUCCCGGUUUAAUGAAAGACGAAAAUAAUGGCGCUAUCAUGACUGAGUUCGUUGGGCUUAGAGCAAAGAUGUAUGCUUUACGCGUCGAAGGUAAAAAAGAUACAAAAAAGGUUAAAGGCGUAAAAAACAACGUCGUAGCCAGAACCAUAACAUUUGAGGAUUACACGAGAUGUCUCCACGACGAAAUUGAAUUGACGCGAAAACAAACUUGUAUACGAUCAAAAUUGCAUAAGGUGUAUACAAUAUCGGAAACAAAAAUUGCUCUAAGUCCAUACGACGAUAAGCGGUAUAUCGUGCCUGAUUCUACCAAUACAUUACCAUGGGGACACUAUCAAAUACCAUUGUAAAUACGUUCUAUAAUAUAAAUUUUGUAUUUUAUAUUUAACAUUUUAUAUGUAUCUUAUAGGUUGCGUUUCAUGUAUUGUGUGCGAUAUAUUUUACAUUGUAUAUACAUUUUAAAUACACUAUUUUAUAUUAAAUAAAUACUUAUAUGAAGUUUAUAUAUAAUGUAAAUAUAUGUAAUGGUAGGGAU